UGUCUGUGUCUAGGAGCGGCGCGCGGCCGGUAUUAGCGCUGGGAAUUCCUGUCUGAGCAGUCACAACUAUCACUGUCACCAUCACUCGGAGCCACUUCUAGAGGGGAGUAGACCCGGCCCUUCGCCGGGCUGAAACGAUGUUACCUCUGUCCAUCAAGGACGAUGAAUACAAACCAGCCAAGUUCAAUCUGUUCGGCAAGAUCUCGGGCUGGUUUAGGUCUAUCCUGUCGGACAAGACGUCUCGGAACCUAUUUUUCUUCCUGUGUCUGAAUCUCUCAUUCGCUUUUGUGGAAUUGCUGUACGGCAUCUGGAGCAACUGUUUAGGCCUGAUUUCCGACUCUUUUCACAUGUUUUUCGAUAGCACUGCUAUUUUGGCUGGAUUGGCAGCUUCUGUUAUUUCCAAAUGGAGAGAUAAUGAUGCUUUCUCUUAUGGGUAUGUUAGAGCGGAAGUUCUGGCUGGAUUUGUCAAUGGUCUGUUUUUGAUCUUCACUGCUUUUUUUAUUUUCUCAGAAGGAGUUGAGAGAGCAUUAGCCCCUCCAGAUGUACACCAUGAGAGACUGCUACUUGUUUCAAUCCUUGGGUUUGUGGUAAACUUAGUAGGAAUAUUUGUUUUCAAGCAUGGCGGUCAUGGACAUUCUCAUGGCUCUGGCCAUGGACACAGUCACUCCCUCUUUAAUGGUGCUCUAGAUCAUGCACAUGGCCACGGAGAUCAUGGGCACAGUCAUGAAUUGAAGCACGGUGCUGCACAUAGCCAUGAUCAUGCUCAUGGACACUUCCAUUCUCAUGAUGGUCCCUCCUUAAAAGAAACAUCAGGCCCCAGCAGACAGAUUUUACAAGGCGUAUUUUUACACAUUCUAGCAGACACACUUGGGAGUAUCGGCGUGAUUGCAUCUGCCAUCCUGAUGCAAAAUUUUGGUUUGAUGAUAGCAGAUCCUAUCUGUUCAAUUCUGAUAGCCAUGCUUAUAGUUGUAAGUGUCAUUCCUCUUUUAAGAGAGUCUGUUGGAAUAUUAAUGCAGAGAACUCCUCCCCUCUUGGAAAAUGCCCUGCCUCAGUGUUAUCAGAGGGUGCAGCAGUUGCAAGGUGUUUACAAUUUACAAGAGCAACACUUUUGGACUUUAUGUUCUGAUGUUUAUGUUGGGACCUUAAAAGUAGUAGUAGCUCCUGAUGCUGAUGCAAGGUGGAUUUUAAGUCAAACACAUAAUAUUUUUACUCAGGCCGGAGUAAGACAGCUUUAUGUACAGAUUGAAUUUGCAGCCAUGUAGUGAAUGAAAAGGAAUUAUGCUUGGUUGUUUUCUUUUUGGACCAAUUUUUUUCUGGUACUGUACAAUCCAAAACAUUGUACCCAGCUUUUUAAAUAGAGAGAUCAUCACUACAACCUCCAGCACCAAGUAGACCAGGUAGAGUCAGC